AUGACGACGUCAGUUAGAGAAGAAAUGAUUUUUGGACUAGGCAAUCCCCUUUUGGACAUAUCAGCAAAUGUUGACUCUGAAUUCCUUAAACAUUAUGAGUUGAAAGAAAAUGAUCAGAUCCUAGCUAAUGAGAAACAUAGUGAUUUAUUUGAGAAGAUGAUUGAAAAGUUUGAGGUCAGUUACAUCCCUGGUGGGGCCACGCAGAAUGCUAUCAGAGUGGCUCAAUGGAUGUUGGGUAUAAAACACUCAACGUCAUUCACUGGCUGCAUCGGUAAGGAUAGAUUUGGAGAGAUUCUCGAGAAGAUUAUCGACAAGGAAGGGGUCCAGCCCUUAUACCGGUAUUCAGAGCAAGAGAAGACUGGAACGUGUGCCGUGUGCAUUACUGAAGAGAAACAUUUGCGGUCGCUGGUGGCGUAUCUCGGGGCAGCCAAUCAUUUCUGCAGGGAACACAUUGACAGUGAGAAAGUGUGGAAGGUCGUUGAGAAGGCUCAAGUCAUCUACACUGCUGGUUUUGUAUUGACAGCUUGUCCUGAAGCCAUGUUGAGAUUAGCUCAAUAUGCGUGCAACACACCAAAGAUAUUCGCACUGAACCUUUCAGCACCAUUUCUCAGCAAGUUCUUUAAAGAACCCCUCACGAACCUCAUUCCAUACACUGAUUAUCUCUUUGGCAAUGAGACUGAAUUUGAAACAUUUGCAGAAGAAAAUGGCAUUGAGAGUAAAGACUUGAAAGAGAUAGCCCUUGCAGUUAGCAACCUGCCAAAAGCAGAUUGCAACAAACCAAGAACCGUUGUUCUCACACACGGUUCACAACCUACUAUCGUCGCCACUGGUGGACAAGUCCGGGAAUUCCCAGUUCUAAAAAUAGAUAAAGAAGAUAUCGUUGAUAGCAAUGGGGCUGGAGAUGCUUUUGUUGGAGGUUUCUUGUCGUGCCUGGCUCGCAACUGCACCCUGGAGGAAUGCGUGGCAGGUGGCAACUACGCAGCCAACUACGUGUUGAAACAAUCAGGGGUCCAACUGCCAACCCCAUCCACCUUCCAGUGGGUCUAAGGGAUUC